UAUGUGGUUUGGGUGCACAGCAGGCAUGGUGUUCUUCAGCAUCUCUCUACUUGUUCUAGCUGUCCUCCCUUUGUGCGGGGCAGUGGAGAAUGGUAUUAUUGGAGGAAAGGAAGCGAGAAAGCACUCCCGACCCUACAUGGUGUCUGUUCAGAUUAACAGGGCACACGUGUGUGGUGGUAUGCUUAUAAAAGAAGAUUAUGUGCUGACUACAGCCCACUGUGUAGAUGCCUUUACUGGAAACGACAAGUUGGAAGUUGUACUGGGAGCUCACAACAUCACACAAAAGGAGCCCCAGCAACAGAGAAUCCAUGUGCAGAAAUACAUAAAGUACCCGUGUUACAAGAAGAACAAACGUCCAGAUGAUAUCAUGCUACUGAAGCUGAAGACUGCAGCCAAGCUGAACAAUGCCGUAAAGGUUCUUGAUCUACCUAAGAAGAAUGAGAACAUUCCAGCUCGUCAGAAGUGUUCCAUAGCUGGCUGGGGCAAGACAUCUCAGAACAGCUCCUGGUCAAGUGUGCUACAAGAGGUCACGCUUGUAGUACAGUUUAACUUUGAGUGCAAGAAGAUUUGGAAUGACACAUUUGACAAUCCUAGCAUGAUCUGCACUGUUCCUGAUGGGAAAAAAGCUUUUUGUCAGGGUGAUUCAGGGAGUCCUCUUAUCUGUGGAAAUGCAGCAGAAGGAAUAGCUGCAUAUACUUUUCGUGAAAACUGCUUAAACCGCAAGUACCCAGAGGUAUAUAUGAAGAUCUCCUACUUUAAUUCAUGGAUUAAACAAGUAAUAGGCUAGAAAGUUAACACAAUGGAAGUAACCACAAUCUAAUAAAAUAUACAUUUACAUAUAUGAAA